AUGGACUACGAAAAAAUACAAGACGCCAUAAGAUCGGUGCUGGUAGCAAUAGGAGAAGACCCGCACCGUGAAGGUUUGGCGGACACUCCCCGCCGCAUUGCCGAAAUGUACGGCGAACUCUUCUCCGGCAUCGGCAAAGACCCCGCAAGCGUACUCACAACCGGCUUCGACGAGGGCUACGACGAAACCGUAAUCCUGCGCGAUGUCCCUUUCCACUCCAUCUGCGAGCACCAUUUUCUGCCGUUCUUCGGCACCGCACACAUAGCCUACAUGCCCACUGGGCGAGUCGCCGGGCGCAUCCAAGUUGGCGCGCGCCCUUGA